AUGAGUUUUUACAGCCAUACAUUUCUGUCUAGGCGUCUUUCUGUGAAGGCCUGUAGCAUAGGUGGCGGUAGGAGGAGCUGUCAUCAGCGAUGGAUUUGUCAUACGAACGCUGCUUUCACAGAUGCUAUCAAUGAGGAAGAGGCCCUAAACAAGCUGCAUUCCGACCUGUAUAGCGCCCUAGAGAUGGUCGAUGAAAUAUACGAGACAAAUUCUGCUGCGGAAGAUGUUAAAGAGAAGGACGAGGGAGGCAGACAAAAAUACACGAAAGAGAUGGACAAGGCGAUUAAUCUCCUCAAAACAAAUAUAAAGAAGGACUAUGGACAUAAUAGGUAUUUGAAACCUACAAGAGCCCGAACGUACCCCGCUAGAAGGUCGUAUACUUUCCGGAUAAAUCCGCAAAAAGUUAGGCACACAUUAGUAGCACCUUACAAUCAAGGUAGGAAUCAACAAGAUUACAACCAAAAACCUCCUAUGAUAGGCCACGGAUUGGCCAGAGUGUUAUAUCAACCAUUGUCAUUGCAGAAAUUAAGAGAUAGUAGAAGUCAGAUGUAUAAUUUUGACCCUGCUGUGGAGAAUAUUAAUCCAGAAUUUUUGGAGAAAAAAAGUGAAGAAGGUGUAAAUACUGAUUCUCCUGGCGAUGAACAAACAAAACCCAUUUUUAUUACCCCCCACAAAGAUGAAUCCUUGUUGAAGGUUGCUAACGAACAUAAAAAAAGAUACAUCUCUUCCUCAAGUUCUAUGACCUCUGUACUCUCUCAGUUACACUACCUUCUCUCCAAUUUUAGAAGGUUGAACAUCAUUGACUCCUCGGUAUCUAGAAACUUUCCUCAAAAAAAUUGCAACUACUCAGAAAGCGCAUAUUUUCCAUCAACAGUCAUUUUAAGAAGAAAAAAGAACGGGAUUUCUUCCAUCGAUUCAGAUAGAAGUCUGGACAGGGAAAUAGUUCUCUCCGUACUAGGACAUUACCUUGAGGACUUCUUAACAGAGAAGCCUUCAAAUGAUUCGAAAACCGAUAAUUAUCAUUAUUCUAGCGUAGAUGACUUUAUUGUGAGGUCUCAAUUAGACGCGUACGAUCCAAAUUUACCUGGAACUGGCGUUUUUGAUCUAAAGACGAGGGCUGUCUCUGCUAUAAGGUAUGACUUACCACAUGUAGAGAAUAACAAUAAUCAAACUGGAUACGAGAUAGACAAGGUUUAUGGUGAGUUUGAAUCAUUGGAAAGGGAAUAUUUUGAGUUAAUAAGGUCUGCACUAUUGAAGUAUUCUUUACAGGCUAGACUUGGUAAGAUGGACGGUAUAUUCGUUGCCUACCACAAUAUUUCUAAAAUGUUUGGAUUCCAGUAUCUACCCUUGGAUGAAUUAGAUUACAUAAUUCAUUCUUCAUUCAACGGAAGGUUCGAUAGUUUAUUGGAGCAAAAGAACGAAAUAAUGAAGGGAAUAUACGGUGAAGAGGAUUACAUUUUACACUAUCAUAGGAACGACAGAAAAAUUGCUUCAUCAGUGGCCAAUAGAGAAUUCAAGAUCUCUAUGAAUCUGUUCAGCAAUAUUUUGAAACACGUUGAGCGGUUAUUGAACGUAAGUGAUACAAAAUGGGAAAAAUGUAAAAUAAUGCUUAAAACUGAAGUUGAAGAAAGACAGUCUAAAAGUGGUCGCUUCUUUAACGAAGCGGUGCUGAAUAUCGUAGCUCUACCAUUGUCACCAGAAUAUGAGGACAAAUCACUGUUAGUAAUGAACACUUCAAACGAACAAUUGACAAAAGAACUAACAAACCUUCGCAUGUAUAACGAAAAUCUUUUGAAAGAAAAUUUGGAUUCAUUAGUAGGCUUUAAGGUAAACGUCGAACAUUUUUACCAUCAUCAUCCUAAUACUACGAAUCCACCUGCCUUCGCCUCAAAAAAGAGUGACAUCCUCGAUAGCGAAGCUCGUAAAUACAUUUCUGACAUAAUGAAAAGAGACUGGUACAAAGAGAUUCCACCCACACAAACUCCAAACUUUUUUCACCCCUCGGAUGUCUCCACUUGGGAGGUUAAUUCUACUUUCACUGAUAUUAUCGAUAAACAAAUUUUACGGAAAUUGUACCUAAAAUAUCUAGAUGUCAAAUUGGAUGCAUUGAAAAACCAAGUCAUUACACGUCAGGAGCCCGAUAUAUCCAAAAAGGAUGAAAUCGUAAAUCGAAUCAAAUUACUACAGUUCCGCAAGAAAAAUUAUAGAAAUGGCGAUAACAGAAGGUCAUCCAAUUCUGGCCCUACACGACUACAGACUAAAUUACGCGCAUAUGCCAAAAAGGGUACCAUUCGAAGAAAUCUCCUAGAAAGGAACAACAACAGGUUCCAUGUCUGA